UCGCAAACUACACGGCUUCAUUUGGAAGUUAAGAGGGACAUAAGAAGUUACCUCGAGCUUUGAAAUUUGAUAUGGUAAUAAUAAUUCAAGAUUGAAAAACGGACAGUGGUUUUCUGUGGAACCUUCGCAUGGAAUUGAUCAAAGCCGCUGUCACUGAACUAAACUCACACCUGAAGAUAAACUCUUGAGUGGGAAUGUGCGCAGCACUCGUCCUGGACCUGAAGACUUAAGUGGCUGCUAACGGAACACCGAGGUGGCAAGCUGUGAGGUUGGACGAUGGGCGAGCUUGAUGAUCAGUCCGGACAGCUCUUCGAGACUUUUAUCCAGGCGUCCACGUGCAAAGGCACCCUCCAGGCCUUCGGAAUACUAUGUCGGCAGUUGGACCUGGACCCAUCCCACUACAGUGCCUUCUACCGCAACCUCAAGAGCGCCGUCACCUCGUGGAAGGCUGAGCCGCUGUGGAAUAAGCUGGACAAGAGAGCCAGCCACAAGGAGUACAAGAAAGGCAAUGCCUGCCCAGACACAAGGUGUCUGAUUAUUGGGGGUGGACCCUGUGGCCUUCGCACAGCCAUCGAGUUGGCCCUUCUAGGAGCCAAAGUGGUCCUGAUCGAGAAGAGGGACACCUUCUCCAGGAACAAUGUGCUGCACCUCUGGCCCUACACCAUCUAUGACCUCAAGGAACUCGGUGCUAAGAAGUUCUACGGCAAGUUCUGCGCUGGAGCCAUAGACCACAUCAGUAUUCGCCAGCUCCAACUCAUGCUGUUGAAGAUUGCCCUCAUUGUCGGUGUGGAGGUGCAUGUCAAUGUUGAGUUUGUGAAGCUCCUGGAGCCACCAGAGGAUCAGGGCAGUGAUGGUCAUGGAUGGAGGGCAGAGAUUCGACCAGCCGACCACCCACUGGCCAGCUAUGACUUUGACGUGGUGAUCGGGGCAGAUGGCCGCAGGAACACACUUGAUGGAUUUCGAAGGAAGGAGUUCCGCGGGAAGCUGGCCAUCGCGAUCACUGCCAACUUUGUCAACCGCCACACCACGGCCGAAGCUAAGGUGGAGGAGAUCAGUGGGGUAGCCUUCAUCUUUAAUCAGAAGUUCUUUCUGGACCUCAGGGAAGAAACCGGUAUUGAUCUGGAGAACAUUGUGUACUACAAGGACGACACUCACUAUUUUGUGAUGACGGCAAAGAAACAGAGUCUUCUGGAUAAGGGGGUCAUUAUACAUGACUAUAUUGAAACUGAGAAGCUGCUAAGCAAUGACAACGUCAACCAGGAGGCCCUGCUGUCCUACGCCCGUGAGGCCGCCGACUUUGGCACCAACUACCAGCUGCCCUCUCUAGACUAUGCCAUCAACCACUACAGCCAGCCUGACGUGGCCAUGUUCGACUUCACCUGCAUGUACGCAUCGGAGAAUGCGGCGCUCAUCCGCGAGAAGGCCGGACAUCAACUACUCGUUGCCCUGGUAGGGGACAGUCUACUAGAGCCCUUCUGGCCCAUGGGGACGGGCUGCGCUCGCGGGUUCCUGGCUGCCUUUGACACGGCCUGGAUGGUGCAAGGCUGGGCACAGGGGAAAUCCCCGCUGGACAUCCUCUCUGAGAGGGAAAGCCUCUACAGGCUGCUCCCACAAACCACUCCAGAGAACAUUUCAAAGAAUCUCGAACAGUACACGAUAGACCCAGCGACACGGUACCCAAACCUCAACUCCAGCUGUGUGCGGCCGCAUCAGGUAAAGCAUCUGUACAUUAAUGGUGAGCAGGACUCGAGUUUGCUGGAGCGGGGUGCUGCUGUCCGCAGAUCUGUGAAACGUAGAGAAUCCGAGAUCAGGCCCAGCCGACUGCUGUCCUGGUGCCAGAAACAGACUCAAGGCUACCGCGCUGUGGAGGUCACUGACCUCAGCUCCUCCUGGAAGAGUGGCUUGGCCCUGUGUGCCCUCAUCCACCACUUCAGACCGGAGCUUAUUGACUUCGAAUCCCUGAAUGAGGCGGAUUCGGAGGCCAACAACCAGCUGGCGUUCGACGUGGCCGAGCGAGAGCUGGGCAUCCAGCCUGUGACCACGGGCAAGGAGAUGGCUGUUGUGCAGGGGCCCGACAAGCUCAUCAUGGUGCUCUACCUCUCCAAGUUCUACGAGAAAUUCUACAGUGCCUCCCUGAGAGCCUCCGGUGCUGCCAGGGAAAAGGAUGAAAACAAUGAACACUAUUCAUCCAAGUCUAACAACCUAAUGAACCUCACACAGCCACGAAAGAGGAUUCCAAAGGACAAGAAGAAGCUGGAAGACAACGACUCCCAGAAUGCUAAACGGAGACGGAACUGCAGCUAUUUGGACGAGCUGUUAACCGGUCAGGCGAACUCCUCUGCAGAGGGCUCAGUUCGUUCUAUGGCGCACCUCCGGGCCAAGUUUGAGGAGAACGCCUCCGGCGGGCUUCCACGCAAACAGUCGGAGUCUGAUUCGGACUCUGAUUCCUCCGAGUCCCCCCCUCCCCGGCCUACCACGCUGGACUGGACCGAGAAUCCCCGCUUUGCCAAGCCCAAGGACCAACCCCCUCCUCCCUCACCUCCUCCCAAGCCCAAGUGGCAGCCGUCUAUCUACUUGAGGCUCCUGUCGGCGGGCUCCUCGCCCCAGGGUCCCAAAGCCAGCCCAAGCUCCUCAUAUCCCCGUAGCCCCAGUCCCAGCCCCAGCCCUGCGUGUGGCUCCAGUCCUCAGUCUCAGUACAUACACUCCAUCAUUCCUCUCGGAGUUCCACAGGUAGUCCCUCCAGCAGAGGGCUCGGGUGAUGCGGCCUACCCAGACUGGCCCUCCUCCUCCUCCUCCUCCUCCUCCCCUUCCUCCUCGUCUUCAUCUCUGCCCUCCUCCUGCUCCCUCCGCACUCCAGCUCUGUCUGACAUGCACCAGCGGCAGCAGCACCUGGAGGACGAAAUUGAACAGAGGAAAGCAAAGACCCUAAGCGCUAGGGAGUUCACUAGAAAGAGCAUAAAGGAGAGGGCUCAGCACCUGUUCUCCAUGUUCCCCGGUGAAGUCGCUCGGGUCAAGGUCUUUACGCCUACCUAUUCUCCCACCCCUGCCUCCAACCCUUCUCCUCCGGAGAGCCCCUCCACCAACUCUCUCCACGUCUCCUCCACCCUGUCCUGUCUCCCUCUCGCCCCAGCCACACCUGAGCCCUCGAAGCAGUGCAAUGGAAGUGCCUCAUUAUGUGAGCGUGGUCUUAGUCAGAUCCAUUUAUCUGAAAACAAUCACGCAGAAACCUCCAGUUCUCACCAACAGAGGACAGUGGGGAAGGUCUCUUCUGUGAUAGGCGCUAAGGCUGAGACUCUGGCCAUCCUCUAUGAGACUGACCAUAGGCCCAAAGCUGCCAACACAGCACUCUCACCGGGUACGACGCGGAAGGAGUUCCCGAUGGGCGUGGGCGGGAGCGACGUGUGCCACUCGUGCAAGAAGCGGGUGUACGUGAUGGAGCGCCUGAGUGCCGAGGGCUACUUCUUCCACCGCGAGUGCUUCCGCUGCGAAGACUGCCUGUGCACAUUGCGACUGGGUGGCCAUGCCUUCAACACCGGUCACGGCAAGUUCUACUGCAAGUUGCACUACUCUCAGUAUUUAGCCAACAACAAGAACCGAGGACGAGUGUCGGAGGGGACCGGGACAUCUUCGCUUGACGGCGGUGUGCUGUGCUCGUCCACCGACGAUCUGCAGGGCCAGUCUUCAGGAGUCCCACAACAGCAUACGACUUCUGAUGGCCCAAGCAAAGGAGCACAGAAGGCCUGGCUGGACCCCAUCAUGGUGGCUGAGCUACCAGAGGACCCUCAGCUAGAAAUGGACCAGCCUGGGUCCACCAUGGAGUGUCAGACGUCAGAACCAUUUUCCCUUCAGUCCUCUGAUUCGGGAUCUACCAGCUGCAGCUCGCUGUCAGAAGAGGCCAAGGGCCACGGUCCUGCUUCUAAGGGUGCCAAUAAGAACAACUACUGGAGAAGAAAAAUUCGGGCCACGCUACCACUGAUCCUGGUGAAGACAUUCGCCCGCGGAAGAGCUGCCGACAAGCAGCAGGGCCUCGCAGAAGAUGGAGAGUCCGACUUUGAAGAGAUUCACCAUUCUGAAAAGCAGGCCUCCUCAUCUACAUCUGAAAAACAUGCUGGCUCCCUGUCCAUCGAGGAGAAGUGCCCAGCACAGACUGAAGUGCCCACUCUCACCGACAACAGCCAGGGCCUUCCAGAGAGGCCUGACCCCAGCCUCACCACCUCCUCCUCCUCCUCCUCCUCCUCCUCAGCCUGCUCGUCCCAGCUGCAGCCUGGGCAGCAGGAUAAGGACCAGGAGCAGCAGCAGCGGCCUGACUCCUCAGUCAGUCCCAAAAGGAGGCUCCUCCUUUCUUCGAAUGAGAAGGAGAAGCUGCUCAACUGGGACGUGGAGCCCUCAGAAGACUCCUCUAAGCCGUCGGACCUCAGGAAGGGUCCCCGCGGGCCUUCCGCACUGCCGACGGGUGGAAAGCCCGAGUCCGCCCCGAAGACGACACCGACGCCAGAACCCACACCUGCGUCGCCUCAGUCCACCUUCCAAAUAUGGGCCAGUGUCCUCCGGAAGAGCAUCUCCGGAGGGUCCAGCCAUAAGGAGGGGUCCAGCCAUAAGGAGGCGUCUAGCGGCGCUAACGUGGUUCGGAGGACCAACCGUGUGCCUAAGGCCAGGCCGCUGUCCUUACCCGGAGGCUCCAUCAGUUUGGUGGGCUCCGUGUUGGGGCCUGCGUCCCAGAGCCAGCUGGCGGCCUUCCCUGGAGAGGGAGAGCAGCAGCAGCAGCAAGAGAAUGUCUCCACCGCCACGGAGAACGGCCACGGCGAGCAGAGGAGGGGCAGCGAGCUGACCAUGCUGCUGCAGCAGGUGGCCCUGAGCUCCAAGCCCCCCACCUCCGGCUCCAAAGAUGACAUGGCCUUCCUGCCUCGCCGCAAGCUCAACUUCUUCUCCUCGCUCCGCGUAAAGAACAGGGAUGAGGUGGACGGAGGGAAAGGAGGAAGGAAAGGGAAAGAGGACAGCAAGGAUAAGGACAUCUGGACCAUCCUCUCCAAAUUCAGGAACAAAGCUAAUAGCCAGCCACAUGAUGAGGAAGAGGAGUAUGAGGAGGAAGAGGGGGCCAGCUCUUCUGAUGAAGGAGAGGAUCGGAUGCCUGACAAACCAAUGCGCAAGGGGAGCUUGAGUGAGCGGCAGAGGAGAAAGCAGGAGAGGAUUGUCCAGCAGCAGGCCAGACGAGAGCAGCUGAAGAGACUCCACAGAGCGCAGACGAUCCAGAGGCAGCUGGAGGAGGUGGAGGAGAAACAGCGAGCUCUAGAGGAGGAGGGGGUGGCUCUGGAGAAGGUCCUGAGGGGGGAGACAGACAAUGGGGAUUCCUCGGACGAGCUUGACCUCCUGCAGACCUGGUUUAAAUUGGUGCUGGAGAAGAACAAGCUGCAGCGCUAUGAAUCUGAGCUCGUGAUCUUUGCUCAAGAAUUGGAGCUCGAGGACACACAGAGUCAACUUCAGCAGGACCUGCGAAGCAGAAUGGCAGUUGAUGACUGCUUGAAGAGUGCUACAGACCUGAGCGAGGAGCAGGAGAUUCUGGUCCACAUAAUGCAGGUGGUGGAGAAACGUGAUCAGCUGGUGAGUCUCCUGGAGGAGCAGCGACUGAAGGAGCGUGCCGAGGACCAGGACCUGGAGAGCAUGGUGCUGUCCAAAGGGUACCGGUUCCACUGGACCUAAGGGACAGCAGCAUUCAGUCUCGACUCCUUGUGGAACUGAUCAAUGGCUAGAGCAAUAGACUCGGGGAGUUGAAGUGAUUCUGCAUAUGAAUUAUGUUUUAUCGUUUUAAGACUUUUAAAAUUCAUCCCACUGUAUCAUUGCUGUGAUGCCUGCUGAAAUUGUAACAUUUGGAUAUAUGGGUUGAAACAGAUUUUUUUGUUUGUUUGUUCAUGUGUUUAUAUGUAUGGUUGGUUAUUAGGUGUUUUUAAAUACCGUCUUCCUGAGGUGCCACUGCUCUGGUUUCCCAUUUAAAAUCAUACCGGUAAAUUAAUGUAAAGACUUGCCUUUCAUGAAACCAAGGGUCAUACUGAAAUGGCGCUUUUCGUUUUAUGUGUGCAAUAUUGUCCAUUUGAAUGCAUUCACUCACAAUGUGGUAGAAUAGAUUAUGUUCUCUGUCCAAGCACCAACUCUAUAGGUAAAUAUUUAAAACCACCUUUUCACUUUGUGUGUUGUGUGUCUUUUCAGAAAGAGAUGUGUUCAGCACGAGUUCUUUAGGUGUUUUCUUUUACAUUACGAUCUCUCUUGAAUUUCCUAUUUGAAAGAUGUUGUAUUGUUUUCCUAAUUAACACUAAGAUGUCAGACCAUAGUCGUAUAUUAUCUAAUUGCAGGUAUUGCACAAGAUUUUCUUUAAGGAAAUGCUAUUUUACUGCUGUAAACAUUUUCAUUUUUUUGUGAGAAAUUGUUGGCUAGCUGUAUAUUUAUUUCCUCAUGUCUGAAACACUGCCAAAUGUUUUUUGUGUUAAUUUAGGAUGUUUGAUUUAUUUUACUUAAUUUAAUUCAGAAAUGUUCACUAAAUUGUGUUUAUCUAUACCUACGUAAUUUAUUUAAUAAAAACUGUUUAAAACUCU